GCCGGGCCGGUGAGGCAGUGGCAUUUUGGUUAUAUUUAAAAGAUCAACUUCAAGCCAACCUCUAAGCUAGGGUUUGCCGUUCCCUUUCUCCUCUAAAAACGCAGUCCUCCCUCAGAAAUCAACAUCUUCGUCGGCGGCAGCUCCUCCAGGUAAGUCAUGGUGAAGCACAACAACGUUGUGCCUAGUGGGCACUUCAGGAAGCACUGGCAGAACUAUGUCAAGACCUGGUUCAACCAGCCCGCUCGUAAAGUUAGGAGACGCCUGGCUAGGCAAAAGAAGGCUGUGAAGAUUUUCCCUAGGCCUACUGAGGGACCGCUUAGACCGAUUGUUCAUGGUCAGACCCUCAAGUAUAACAUGAAAGUCAGGGCUGGAAGAGGAUUCUCUCUUGAGGAGCUGAAGGCUGCUGGUAUUCCCAAGAAACUGGCUCCGACUAUUGGAAUCGCAGUGGACCACCGCCGCAAGAACAGAUCCCUGGAGAGUCUCCAGGCCAAUGUGCAGAGGCUGAAGACCUACAAGGCUAAGUUGGUUGUCUUCCCGAGACGCCCAAGGAAGUUCAAGGCUGGUGAUUCUACUGCCGAGGAACUUGCCAGCGCCACUCAGGUGCAAGGCCCUUUCCUGCCUAUUGUCAGGGAGAAGCCUGCUGUUGAGCUCGUCAAGGUCACGGACGAGAUGAAAUCGUUCAAUGCCUACGCCAAGCUCCGUGUGGAGCGCACAAACAAGCGCCACUAUGGUGCCAGGUUGAAGAGGGCGGCCGAGGCUGAGAAAGAGGACAAGAAGUAAAAACCUUGGGGGAGAGGUUCUAGUCGUUGAUCGAUUUUCCUAUGAUGAUUACUGUGUCAGUUUUGGUUAGAAAGUUUGCUAAUGGAUAUUAUGAUACAUUUGUUAUGGAUGUCUCACGACUUUUUUAUCAAUUGUGAAACAGAAGUUCCGACACUCAAGUUUAAGUAGAUUUUGGUUCUGAUUGCCUGCA